AUGGCUCCUCUCGUUCCUCGGUUCCAUCUCUUUGAGAUUGACGAUCAGACUUGGUUUCCCGCCUUUCUUCGUGCUCGCGUCCAAGAUGGCCUUACACGCGCCUGGCUCUCCAACACGCCUCUCCAGUCCCAAUCUCCCGCGAGUCUCAGCGCCCAAGUCCUGAUCAAGCAGCUCAACAAGUCUCUACCCGACUAUACUUACAUCGAUUUCUGUGCUGGCGGUGGUGGACCCACGCCCUCGAUAGCUCGCACCGUCAACGCGCACCUUCAGUCUCAGGGAUCGGAUCCUGUUCGCUUUAUCCUUACGGACUUGCACCCAAAUGUCGAGGCCUGGGAACAGGUUGCCCAGAAGAACCCGCUGCUGACCUAUGAACGCAACUCUGUCGAUGCGUCGUCUGCUCCGGAGUAUCUUGUCAAGCGGGAAGAUGGAACGAAGCCUUUCAGGCUCUUCAACCUGGCGUUUCACCACUUUGACGACGACCUGGCCAAGGAUAUCUUGCGAGAUACUGUCGAGACGAGCGAGGGACUAGCCAUAUUCGAACUACAAGAUCGCUCCUUUGCAAGCGUGUUGGCGGUUACGUUCUUAGGUAUUGGCGCAUUCUUUAGUGCUCCGUUCUUCGCGCUCAAGUGGCGAUCACCUGCAACAUUCAUCUUCUCGUGCUUGAUCCCUAUUCUACCGUUCGUUCUCAUGUUUGAUGGAUACAUCUCAGCGCUGCGGACAAGAACGCCUGAAGAAGUUGAGGCAUUGUUGCGGUCUUGUGGUGCAGACACGAGCAAAUGGGAGGUCAAGAGCGGUAGUGAGAUGCACCUCUGGCCGUGCGGAUAUCUCAAUUGGGUCAUCUGUAGACCUGCACGUAAAGGCUAA